AUGGUGUCAGCGUGUUCACAAUCAGGGCUUGUUUGGUGCAUGCUGUGGUCAGUUCUGGUGGUCUUCCUUUCGUUCAGUGCACCUGCGAGCGCAAGUGAUCCGACCUGGAUCAAAUAUACCGGCAAUGAUGGAACAGUAUGGCUGGAGGACAACCGCAAGCCGGCCCUGUACACUCAGACUUUCGGAGACUGCCAGGGUGACUCACUCAUCAAUGUCACUCGAUUCGACGCUGCGUACUACAAAGAUAACAUGACGGUGCUUUUUCACUUGGAGGGCAAUUCUGCCUUGACCAACGAGUCGUUGAUGAUGUACAUUGGAGUCUUUGCCUAUGGAGAGUCUCGUUUUAAUUUGACGUUCAACCCAUGCAGCGCCAAUAUCGACAGUCUCUGCCCUCUUAAUUCGUCAAUUCCAAUUUCCGCUAAUGGCAUCAUUCCCAUCUCCCAGGCAGACGUAGCCAAUAUCCCUGAGAUCGCCCUCUCCAUUCCCGACUUCGAGGGGCAGGCCAUUCUCCGGAUUUUUGCCAAUUCCACACAGUCACAGAUAGCUUGUUUUUCAGCUGUUGUCACAAACGGCGCGACCUUCUCUCAUCCAUCGGCUGUCGCUCCGGUCCUGGGGUUCUUUGCGGUGGUCGCUCUCUUCUCAUCAGUUGCAGCAAGCAUCUACGGUCGAAAUGUUCCGGAAACCCGCAAGCACUAUGCACAUACGAUUUCAAUGUUUGUGGUCUUCUCGGUCUACCAUCACAUUUUCUUUACUGGAGCUUUGUCGAUGAAUUGGCCGAGUGUCUUGGUAUCAUUCUGGAGUAAUUACGCAUGGUCAGCUGGGAUAAUAUACAGCCAGAAGAUGCAGAACUCAAUCAACAAGUUCAUCGGCAGCAAUACUGGAAACAUCAGCAUGGUCGGUGCUGCUCCCAAUGGUGAAAAUGCGAUUGAUCUAGGCGGAGGCUAUCAGAUUUCACAAAUCUACAGGCGAGCGGCCUUCCUCCCCUUCCGCCCGUACGAAGGCUCAGGAGUGACAUUCAGAUCCAACGAGCUGGAGCAUGUGCUGAGACGGAGAGAUCUUGCGAACUCGACAUCCGGUUAUGCCUGGUAUGGCACGCCCGUCAAACCUGGUAUGCCACUGCCUGGAAAUUUCUCUGGGUUUGCCGGCACCUUGGCAGAGCUGAACAUUCCUGCUUCAAAUGCAUUCUUGACCGGUUUGCUCUGGUUCCUCAUCUUUAUUGCUUGUCUGGUUGCCGCAGUAUUCCUGCUCAAGUGGGUCGUCGAGGCCCUGAUCGCCCUGCACGUCGUAAAGACGAAGCGACUGGGUUAUUUUCGAAGGUAUUGGCUCCUCUUCACUGGUGUCCUGGUAUUGAGGACGUGUUACAUCGCUUUCUUCAUGAUGAUGUUCCUGACCAUGUUCCAAUUUACCUUUGGUGGUUCGAACGGAGUUAAAGCUAUCGCAACAGUCAUAUUCCUUGUCUUCCUGGUAGGAAUGCUGGGAUGUUGCGGUCUAGCGAUCUGGUACAGAACGAAACUUGGAGAUCUGCCUACAGACAGUGAGAGGGACCUCCAGAAAGUGGCCGACUCGGAACAGAGCAACGACACCCCUGCGAUUGGCGAUCCAGAGGGCGAACCUAAAUCGCGAACGUGGCUGCAACGACAUCUUCCCGAUCUGGAUACUGGCCGUGUCCACGUCCAUGAUGACCCCAACUACAUUGCCAAGUUUGGUUGGUUGUCAGCACGUUUCCGCCGUAGUAAAUGGUGGUUCUUUGCCUUUUGGCUGAUUUACGAGCUGGUCAGGGCUGCAUUCUACGGCGGUGCUGCUGGCCAUGCCCUGGUUCAGGUAUUUGGUCUCCUGGCGUGGGAGAUUAUCGCCUUGGUAGCCAUCGUCCUCAUGAGGCCAUUCGAGAGCAACCGUUUGAACUUGUUGAUGGUGUACCUGCUUGGGUUCAGCAAAGUCGCGACAGUGGCUCUCUCCUCUGCGUUCGAUCCCCGAUUUGGACUCGAUCGCAUUGUCACCACAGUCAUUGGAAUCGUGGUUGUCGUCAUCCAAGGCAUCCUCACCAUUUGUCUGAUGAUUGCUAUCGUUCUCGGCGCCAUUUCGAGCUACAUGUCGCUCACUCGUUACCAUGAGACCAUUAAGCCUCGAUCAUGGCUGAGGCCUCGGACAAGAUAUUUCGCUCAUAUCGACCGCAAGGCCACGGAUCAACCAAAACCACCACGACCACCGCCUGUGCCAGAACCAGAACAAUCGGAAGGUCCGAAGGAGCCAUACUUUUCUGUUGCCGCGGUACGACGAGAGCCGAAAAUCGAGGACGAGGAUGCACAUAGAGAUGCGGAAGUUGCGGAUAAUAUCGUGUCCCAGCGAGCUUCCAUGGAGCCUAACUCUGUUCCCAUUCCUCAAGGCCAGAUGUCGCGCUCACAGUCUAUGCGAUCUCGAACUAGUACGUCGAAUUUGCCAUACGGCGCAAGAGUUCACCGUACGAGCUGGAGCAUGAGAGACUUUCAAGACGUGGGGCUUGACCAAGGAUUCAAUCCAGCACAAUCUAGGAUGAGCAUCGACAGUGUGAAUGAUGUCUCCAACCGGCACCGCUCAGCAAGUCUGAGAGUGCCUUCCCGGAAUGGUACCAUCAGCGGGGCUACUGACGGCGGACCCAGCCUUCAACAUCAACAGAGCCGACACAGACGUGUGACUUCUAUGCCUGAUGGGCCCAAGAGGAACAGCUCUAUCGUCAAUGAGGAGAAGGAGAACGAACCAGUGGACGAAGCCUAG